AAGAGUUCAGUGCAGCCUGGCCCACGGUCGACUUCUCACGUCUUGCGUGGUUCCUGCUAAGAUUUCUCCAAGUUGGGCGGCCUCCUUGUCUUCAAGUCCAAGGGCGGCCGGUUGUGGAGGGUGGUUCUGAGAUCGUAGCAGUGAAGAAUAAGAAGAUGACUCCUUCUGUGUAGAGAGAAGACAUUUGGGAAGAGGUUUCUGUGUUCUUUUUCGUUUCUUCUUGCCCAAGAAAGUGAAGAAAUUCAACACUUGGAACUGGACAGAUAAACAGGUCCUUGUUGGAUGCAUGAAUUUUCUGUGCUAGCUGAGGACUGAACCAUUAUACCCAUAGAUAAUAUAUUGAGGUGCACCCCACCGUCACCAUGAGAAUACUGCCACUACUAGUCAUCAUCUGCACAGUCUUCGGUUCCCUGGUCGUGGACGCUCGGAACAAGAGACCGCGGGCGCCACGGUCGCGGUUACUCCCGAUGAUGCGCCACAUGGAACGCGGCAGGCCGAAUCGUUUCAAAACCAGGCCCAACAUCGUGGUGUUUAUUACUGAUGAUCAAGAUGUAAUGUUAAAUUCCAUGGCUUACAUGCCCAAGACACAGCGGAUUCUCGCACAGGGCGGCGCGGUCUUCAACAACAGCUUCGUGACCACGCCCAUGUGCUGUCCGUCGCGCAGCUCGAUGCUGACGGGCAGAUACGUGCACAACCACAACGUGUACACCAACAACGAGAACUGCUCCUCCCCCUACUGGCAGCGCACACACGAGCCAUACACCUUCGCAACCUACCUCAGUAACGCAGGCUACAGAACAGGCUACUUUGGAAAGUAUCUCAACGAGUACAACGGGUCGUACGUGCCGCCCGGAUGGCGGGAAUGGGUGGGACAGAUCCGGAACUCUCGCUUCUACAACUACAAAGUCAACCGCAACGGUCUGAAGUUCAAGCACGGGUUCAGCUACGAGAGAGACUAUUUCACAGACUUGAUAGCCAAUGACAGCGCCUCGUUUUUCAAACUGUCGAAAAAGACGUUCCCGCACAGACCGGUGGCCAUGGUGUUAGCGUUUCCUGCACCUCACGGUCCGGAGGACGGGGCUCCGCAGUACUCACAUAUGUUUGAAAAUAAUACUGACCACAGAAUAAGUGGGUACAACAAGGCGCCCAACAUGGACAAACACUGGAUCCUGCGCUGGACCCAGCAGCUGGACGACACGCAGCUCGCCUUCACGGACAUGCUGCAGCAGAAGAGACUGCAGACUCUGCAGUCAGUAGACGACGCAGUGGAAAAGGUCUACAAUAUGCUGAUAGAACAAGGCCAGUUAGAGAACACAUACAUGAUCUACACCUCAGACCACGGAUACCAUCUGGGACAGUUUGGUCUGGUCAAGGGGAAGUCUUUCCCGUAUGACUGGGACACUCGGGUACCGUACCUGAUCCGUGGGCCUUCUGUACCCCCAAAUACUGUCAUGCAACAGAUUGUGCUGAACAUUGACCUUGCGCCGACCUUGCUGGACAUCGCGGGGGUGGACGUGCCCGCUCAGAUGGACGGAAACUCCAUCAUGGCGCUGUUUGAGAACGCCAGCGACAUCAACAACAAGGCAGGAAACAAGAAGAAAAAGAUGUGGAGGGAUACCUUUCUUCUGGAAAGAGGAAAGAUUCCCAAGAAGAUGGACCGAACCAUUCUAAGGAUGAACGAGAAGCUGCCCAAGGAGGUGCUGCUGUCUAUUGAGUGUCAGAAGGAGGAUUAUCAGUCUCCCUGCAAGCCUGGCCAGGCCUGGGAGUGUAUUGAGAGGGGCGGUAUGCUGAGGAUGAAGAAGUGCAAGUUCAAGAAGCGCCCGGGAAGACACUGCGUCUGUCGGAAGAAGGUGCCAACCGUCCCAAGAGACGAGAGAAGAAGCCAGCGCAACUUCUUGAAGGACCAUGCAACUCAAGAUUUCCGUUUCCGAUUCAUACGCAGCGCAGAAGUCGCGGAGGACCAACACCCUGACUCUGAGAACCCCGGGUACAAGAGCAUCCUCAAACGCGCAGCCAACCCCGGGAAGGAUUGGGCCGAUCCAUUCUCGUUUCCACAAGGGGACCAGUCUUUCCCCAAGUGUUUCCUGUUUCCCAACAACACGGUGAAAUGUGACAACGUCAUUUACGAGUCCUACGAUGCCUGGAAACAACAAAAGCAGUCCUUGGAUGCACAGAUAGCACGCCUGAAGGGUAAACUUGAUGGACUCAAGGACAUCCGCGGCCACCUGAGGAAAACCAAACCUUUAGAUGGGGAGGAGGGAGAGGAGGAGGAGGAGUCCUACAUCCCCAUCUACCCGGGGGUCGGGGAUUACGAGGAGGGGGAUGAGGAAGAAGAGGAGGAGGAGGAGGAGGAGGAUUGUGUGUGUGGGGAGGACGAGGAAGUGGUGUAUGUGGAUGGGGAUGGUGUGGAGCAGGACAGACCAUUCUACUCUAGCGGACGCAGGAGGUACGCGGCUCCCCGGGACAGAGAGAGAAGAUCGAGAGAGCGAGUGAGAGAGCGGGCGGGCGCUCGAGGCAGCAGCCGUCGACAGAAGCUGACACGUCCUCCCAACCCUCAUCCACAGGGAGAACACCCCAUGAAGGCCAUCAGAGAAGGCAUCAAGAGCAUCAAGAAGGUGACUCCAGAGGAGCGGGAGGAGCGUCAGAAGAAGAAGGAGAGGAAACAGAUCCGGCGUCUGAAGAUGGGGAACUGUAACCUGGAGGGACUGAACUGUUUCGAACAUGACAACAACCACUGGACUGUUGCACCCUUCUGGACAAAGGGGAGCUUCUGUGCUUGUAUCAACUCCAACAACAACACCUACUGGUGCUUACGAACCAUCAACGCUACACACAACUUCAUGUACUGUGAGUUCAUCACGGGAUUUGUGGAGUACUUUGAUGUCCUAGAAGACCCUUAUAUGUUACACAAUAACAUCCACCGAGUGUCAGAACCCAUGCUGGCCCAGCUACACGACCAGCUGGUCAUCCUCAGACGGUGUGAGGGCUCGAAGGAGUGCACACCCCGACCUCAGAACCCCAACAUGAGAAAUAGACAUCAAGAACAAAGUGGAGAGGGUGGAGAGGUUAAAGGAUCAGAGGUCAAAGGUAAAAGUUCAAAGGACAGCAGACAUCACCAACCCGGAGAUGACCCAACUGAAGGAAGCGGAUCGCAUUUUCUUGGCAACCAUUCAGAGGAAGAUGGAUCAGGGUUUCUGUAACUCUCUGAACUUUGAACCCUGACCUUUGGCACAUCUUUUGAAUUUGACCUUUGCCCCUUGACCUUGCCAUAGCUAGCUCAGAAGCCCUUGACUUUUUAACUGUUGCAUUUGUUAUUAGUUUGUCUCCCCUACAUUAACUCAAAGUACUUCCAGGGAGCUGAGUAAAUAGUUUAAACAAUUUAUUGGGGGUAUUUUUUGUCUAGGCAAGAAGGAAAACUAAAAAUUAGGUUUAAGUUUUUCUGUGCUGAAUUCUUGCCUUUGUUAGGACACAUUCCAGGUUAAGAGCCCUGGAAGUUUUGACUGAAUAGCGUGCAAUUUCUGAAGACAAACACUUUUGGAGAUCAUUAUAGAUAGCUUUCAAAAAUGGCCACCCGAAUCAUUAGUCUAAGAAUGAAAUAGCCCAUAAAAGAUCUUAAAGAGGAUGGAUAUACUCAUAAGAAGACCUCAGCACUGUUUAAGUUAUUAUUUCCCUGCUCAAUAUUGAAGAUUUUCCCAUUUAUCAUAGAACUACUUGUAUGUUGUGGUAUGACAGCAGUAAUUAUGAAGGUGUACAUAGUGAUAAACUCUACAUUUUGUAAAAGCAUAGGAAGCAGCAAAGAGUUUUUAAGAUAUUGUUUGUUAUAAUCUACAGUAGCUCCCAUGGCUUGUCUAACUUGGCUGAUUUGUAUGUGUUAAGAAUGCAAUUUUUUUUGUACACAAAAGAUUUUUUUUUACAUGCUUCUAAAAUUUUAUGAUUGACAUUUAUGAGUAAGGUAGGAAUUUUGUUACUGUUUCAGUGUUGUCUGUUGUUUUUCAGUUAGGCCACACCAAUUUAAUUUUUUGUUUCUCAGAUUUUUCAGAAAAAAUAUGAAGCGAUGGCGCGAAAAAAAAAAAAAAACAGGCCAAGGCACCCCAUGAUAGCCGGAGCCAAAAUAUGUCUUUUAUUGAGCAUUUUGCAGUUAAUUCAGAACCUAAAUUUUUUUUUUUUAAAUCAGAAAAAAAUGGACAGGGCGAAUCCAAGAAGCAACAAAUUAAAUUAGUGUGGCCUUACAUGAGAAGUAAGUUUUCUAUUUAGAGGAAGAGUUUUUAAUCAGUUUAUUAGUUACCUGGUUGGUGUGAAGUCGCUUUCUUUACGAAAAGGUGAAACUAUUGACAAAGCGUUUUCAUUCAUUCAAAGUGUUAAGGGAGAAGGUUGAACGGAUAAACUGUCAAAUUUACCAAAACAGUCAAUUGGAAACAAUUUCAAAAACUUUCAGAAGAAUCCAGGUGCAGUAUCAUACAUUGUAAAAUCUUGACAAUUAGUGAAACCAGAAUUUAAUGCAAAGAAUACGUAGAGAUAAUGUUGAUGUCUUAAUUAAAAAAUCAUGAGAUUAGACAAUAAAAUUUGAAUAUGGAUCCUCCUGGGAGGGUUACUAAAAAUAGAGGAAAUCUUUGACUGUCCACUACUUGUAUAUGAUAGGGAGGGAUGGAAAACACUCACCUCUACAGAGCAGAUAGGUAUUGUAUGUAAGACAAGGUGCUCCAACCAAAAAA